ACGUACAUCGAACGUAGCAGAAGAAAAUGGCUGCGCCCUGUGGGGGGACGAUGGCUCGGCCUCUCGUGCAGUUUGCGUCUUGUUUUAGGAGGACGGCGGUCGGGAAGACGGGGUUUCGUCGGUUUUCCGGCACCUCUCUGUGUCGGGCAGCUGUGCAGACGGAACGCGCCACGGAGAGCGCGAGUUCUCCGUGGACCCUGAUGGCGGCGGUGUGCCUGCAGAGGCUGCCGGUCAUCUCGGCGCCGUGCAGCCCGGUGGAGCAGCGGUUCAAACAGUUGGUGCAGCAGAUGGAGCUGGAGAACAGCCUGCUGUCGGACCACGAGCUGCGGCUGCUGGAGGACGCCGAGCGGAUGAGUCGCAAGCAGGCCGACAACUAUGACUCCGACGAGGAGAACGAUAGCCGGGACCAGGACAUCGUGUUGGCCCAGGACCUGGAAGACUCCUGGGAGCAGAAGCUGAAGAGCUUCCAGCCAGCGCCGAGGGUCAGAGCUGAUGUCGACGAGGACUUGUCGUCGGCGGAGCGCUGCCUGGCCGACUCACUGGUUCUCCUGGCCGAGCAGCAGGUCGGCGGCGAGAAGCUGUGGCUGCUGCCUCAGGCUCAGUGGCAGCAGGGAGAGACACUGCGGCAGACGGCGGAGAGAGCCCUCACAUCCCUGCCAGCGGCCGCACUCGCUGCAACUUUCCUCAGCAAUGCCCCCUGCGGAGUGUACAAGUACAAACUGCCCAGAGCUGUGCGGACAGACCGUUCGGUGGGAACAAAGGUGUUCUUCUUCAAAGCCAUUCUGUCAGACGCCGGCCCAUCCGCCGCCGCUGCCCCCGCAAAUGCUCAUUUCAUGUGGUUGAAGAAAAGCGAAAUGCAGCGCUUCCUGAAGCCGGCGUACGCGAUGAAGGUCAACAGCUUCAUCCUCAACCUGUGAUGCCUGAACAUUUUACAAGGGACACUUGACUUGCAGAUUAAUAUUUAUGAGGCCCGGAAAGUUAUCUUCAUCACUUGUCUGUUGUCUUGUGUCAUAGGGAGUUCUCACUGUCAAUACGACUUGUGUGUUUCACUGUAUGAAUAAACUGGUUUUCCACACAC